GAAAUUUGCAACUGACAAAAUAAAGGCAUUUGGGCACAGAAAACUAAAAUUCGGAUAUGUCGAGAAGAGUGCGUAAUGGUGUGAAAGAGUACAAGGUUGCCAUCCUAGGAGCUGGGGGAGUAGGGAAAACGUCAAUUGUGACUCGUUUUAUGAACGAUACAUUCAGCAACGUUUACAUUCCGACUGUUGGCAACCAUUACACACAACUCAUGAAAAUUACUGGAGGUGAAUACUACACACUGGAGAUCAUUGACACAGCUGGUGCCUACGAGUUCCCUGCGAUGAUGGAUUUGAGCAUACGCACCAGUCAAGCGUUUGUCAUCGUUUUUGCCAUGAAUGACAAAAAGACGCUGGACAGGGCAUUGGCAUUCAAGCAACAAGUCGUAGAUAUCAAAGAUCGUGAAGAUAUCCCUAUCAUAUUUGUGGGGAACAAGGUGGACUGUGGAUAUGACGAAAUGCAGGUGAACCCAGCCGAGACUGAAGCUAUGGUAAAGAUCAACGGAUACCUCUACCUUGAAGCAAGCGCCAAGUACAACAUAAAUCCGAAAUUGAUAUUCUCGCAACUCAUCUCUCAGGGGCUCUCAAUCCCAUUAGCUGACGCAAUGACAGUGAACGAAAAACAACAAAAAUCAAAAUUAGUAAAACGUAUGUCAGAGAUUGGGGAGAUUCUUAAGAAAAAACUACAUAUCAAACAAAAAUCAACUCCAGAUCUGCUUGAAUCCCAAGAUAACGUUGCUGUUAAAUCGAAGAAAAAAUUAAUAGCCAUAGACAGUAUUGAUGAAAAUUUGAGCAGUGUUGAAUUUUGCGAUACACAAUUACAGAAUAACAUUACCCUAAUAAAUAAUUAAAUUCUAAAACUAUGCACCUUCCUAAAUGAAAACAUUUGGAUCCACUCGUGUAACACAUAGAUGUUAGUGGGUGAUAUAAGGUAUAACAAUGGCUAAGAUUUGGUCAUUGUCCUCCUGUACGAGAAGCGACCGUUUCAAAAUACAUGUACCUUACUUCAUGUACUUAAAAACACUUUCUGAUUUUAUGAUAUUUAUGUGCUAUGUUUUGA